AGCUAGCUGUCAAAAAUAUUUAAUAUGGCGUCGCGGUGACUUGACUGUGUUGGGGAAAAAUUUAUUGAACGCAAUUUUUACUAACUUAUUUGUAGCUUUUAUAUAAACUAACAGCGUUGAAAGUGAUAACAGAACCGUGGAUUGCAGGAUUUAAUACUAUUUGUACCGGUGACGUACAGCAGGUAAACAAAACGGCGGAGGUCAUUGAUCGAGGUUUUGUAGGGCACCAUCAUGGUUCGGGGCGGACAAAGUCGUGAGUAUGCGUGUGCCUUCAUCGUGUCGAUGUUCGCAGGCAGCCAUGUCUUGGCGAGGCCGCGACGACCGCGGGAGGUGGAACGAGCACGACACGAGAUGGGGCGAGAACCGGACGCGCUCGCCCGUCUGGGAGAUGCGACGCAGCGGCAGCCCGGACCGGAGGUCGCAUCGGGAUCGCUACGACCGCGACCGCGAUCGUCACCGCGACGACGAGCGCUACCGCGACGACGAUCGCCGCGACCGCUACGAUCGCGACGCGGACCGCCACCGCGCCCGCGACCGCUUCGACCGCGAGCGCGACCGCGAGCGGGACCGCAGGCGCUCACCGCCGCGCCGCUUCGACGACAAGGAGCGGGACAGGGACAUACCCGCGCCUCCUAGUCCCCCCAAAAUCAGUGAAAACAAUGACAAGAAGCCCGACUCUCGCUCCACCAGCCGAUCACGCAGUGGAGAGCGGCAGGACGACUAUGAAAAAGAGGAUCAGUCCGGCCUCAACGCUUCCCCCGGAGAUUGGUUCUGCAAAUGUGGCUUGUACAACUUCAAAAGACGGCAGAUAUGCUACAGACGGAACUGUCAAGGAAAGAGGUCCGAAGGGAUUGUUUACGGUGUUGAUAUGGACAAGAAUGCCCUCACUGAUGCGGCGGGCAUCACCAAGCGAUUGUUGUUCAGAAGACUGGAUGCUUUGACCACCGAGGAAAAAAUCUUAGAUGCAAUCAAAGAAAGAUGUUCAAAAUCUGUGUUGGAUUCCAUAGCUGGUAUUACGAUCGGUAGAGAAACAUUGACUGGUGCUUCGAAAUGUUUGGCCUACAUCAACUUUAACUCCAUUGCAGACUCCACUGCUGCUCAUUCAGAUUUAGUGUCCCUGACACCUCCAUUAGAAAUAGAUGGACGAGAAGUCCUGAUCACUUUUUACACUGAGCCUAAAAAACUCUUAAAGUCAAAUAAUCCAAACAAUUCUGAUUAUUCUGCAUAUUAUGCGCAAAUGGCAAAUUACUCGGCGUCCACCCAGGCCAUGUCUGAAGCGGACAGAGUCAACGCUGCAGCAGCAGUGGCUCAGUCGGCUAUUUCAGCAGCUCAAGCGAGGCAGAUGGCCUGGACUCCCGUCUCCGCUCCUACCUUUGUAGCUUCCACAACCCAACCAAAUCCAGCAGUAAAUGUUCCUACCGGUGAUGGGAAAACAAAGUACAGUGCGCCCGAUGUGAGGACAUUCAUGUAUGACGAAACCUCAGGGUACUACUAUGACCCGGCCACUGGUUUGUACUAUGACGGGAACACCCAAUACUUUUACAAUAGCACCACCAACCAGUACAUGUACUGGGAUUCGACCAGUUCUACUUACAUAGCGGCCACACAAAGCCACCAGAACACAGACCAAGCCAAGUUACCCAGCCCACCACAAGCAACAGUUGAAAAUACUAUAGCAAAGGAACCAGAGGAAAAGAAAAAAAAAGAGAAAGAGGAUAAGGUCAAAGUAGCUAAGAAAAUAGCAAAAGACAUGGAGCGCUGGGCUCGCACUCUCAAUCAGAAGAAGGAGAAUGCUCGCAGUAAUAUUGUCAUGGAGCAACCGUUAGACACAAGUGCUAGUAAAGGCUCCGCUGAUAUUGGUUAUUCAGUAUUAGGCGCCGGGCCUUCACUAACCCUUGUCAGAGAGCUAUCGCCGCCUCCAGAAACAACAACAGAUGAAUUUUUGGUCAAAAAGAUAACUGACCCCGUUGCAACUGAAAGUGACGACGGCAUUAUUGACUGGGCUAAACUCACGUGUCUGCUGUGCAAGAGACGUUUUCCGUCGGCCGAUGUGCUGAGUAAACACAAAUCUUUAUCAGAUCUACACAAACAGAACUUGGCUGAAUACCGCAAGAAGAAUGAGCUUCUGCCUCAGACUAAUGGCUAUAGAGACCGGGCAGCUGAGAGGCGAAUGAAGUUCGGAGAGGACGAGCCACCACCGAUCAGGAAACGGUAUGAACCUCCAGAAAUUCGAGUGCCUGUUCAAUCCCAUCCACCUCCGUCAGUAGUAGACACUAUUGGUGGGAAAAUGUUGCAGAAAAUGGGCUGGUCAGAGGGAAGAGGGCUUGGGAAAGAGGAGCAAGGGAGAAUAGCCCCUAUUGAAGCAGAACAGAGGCCAAGUUUGGUCGGACUAGGACAGAAGAGAGGCAUAUACACACCCACCCCCGGUGAGACGUAUCGGGACACUGUUAAGAAGCUGAUGAUUGCAAGAUACAAGGAAGUUGUCGGCCAAGAAGAUGGAAAAUAGAUAUGGCGCCGCGUCCUUCCCUAGAGGCCAGCCAAUGAUCAAAUCGUCUUUACAAGUGGUAAGUAUUGCGUAGUAACGUAGAUCCUAUUUAUAUUGUGUCUAAUUGUUUUUUUCCACAGAUUUUGAAAGGUAAAUAUUAAAAUUGGUCGCAAUUCUACAGGACUGGAGAGCGUCGUCGAAGGAUGAGAAUUUAUAAAUGUUGAAUUUGUUGAAAUUUCUAUCUAACUAGUAGUAACUAUCACUAUUUGAUGCCAUAUUAUAUUGUUUGACAUAAAAUGUAGGUAAAAUAUGGAAAUUUCAACAAUUUUCUGUGUAUAUUUUCUAGUAAAUAUUUCUCCAUUUUCUUUUUCCCAAGCCAAAAUAGGGCAGGUAUUUACACUUUUUAGCGCCAGAGUGAAGCUUGAAUAGUGAAAACCCUGGACUAAAGACUUGGAUGCACGAAGCUGUGAUAGAACUGUGAUAUUUUGUGAUGUGACGUUGAAGAAAUGGUGAACUCUUGAAACUUUACUCAAUACUGAUGUCUGUGACUAUUUAUAUUGCAGAGUCGCGCCUGCCUCGGGACCUCCGUGCCAAACAUUGUUACAAAUACACAUUUUAUACUCUUAGCUAACUUAAAAUAACGUCCAAAAUAGCUUAGAAUUUUCUAUCAGAUGAUUAAAUCAUGAAUUCAAAUCCCAACUAGAUUGAUCAAUCAAUUUUCAAAUUGUUUAUUAUGAUUGCCAUUGUUUUAAUAUAAAUUAUGAAUCUUUAAAUCACCCACCAUAUUUAAAUAAGUUGUGUUACUUACAUAAACCAACUGUUAACAUAGAAUAUAUUUACUUAAAUAGUUAUUAUUAGCAGAAGUAAUGUAAAACGCCCGUAGGCUACUUAUUUGUGAAAAGAUACUGUUGAUUUUAAAUAUU